AUGUCGGGCUACGCAGGCGGAGGUCACUUUGACGAUGGCUUUGCCCAGCAGGGGCAGGCACACGGUCAGACUCAUGGUGACUCCUACUACCAGGACGAACAUGCCCAGGGUUAUUAUGAUAACCAAGGAUACGGCGAUGGUUAUUAUGACCAAGGUAAUGGCUACUACGGAGCGGAGGGUGGUCACGGCGGCGACGCUGCCCAUGCAGACGGCGCACCCCACGCCGAUGCAGGCCAAGGGUACGCCGAUGGAGGGUAUUACGAAGGCGGAAACCAAGACCAGUACUACGACCAGGCACAAGGACAACCGCGAGGCCGCCGUGGCAAUGAUUCCGAGGAGGAUUCUGAGACCUUCAGCGACUUCACAAUGAAGUCCGAGACUGCUCGAGCCGCGGACAUGGACUACUAUGGCCGAGGAGAUGAACGGUACAACAGCUACUCAGACAGCCAGUAUGGCGGUGCUGGUGGCUACCGUCCUCCCUCGUCCCAAAUCUCCUACGGAGGUAACCGGUCGUCUGGUGCUUCGACUCCUGUCUACGGAGCAGAGUUCAGCAACACCCUUCCCACGAGCCAGCGCUCGCGUGAGCCGUAUCCUGCCUGGAGCUCCGAAGCACAGAUCCCUCUCUCAAAGGAGGAGGUAGAGGACAUCUUCCUAGAUUUGGUCAACAAGUUUGGCUUCCAGCGAGACAGCAUGCGAAACAUGUAUGACCACAUGAUGACUUUGUUGGACUCUCGUGCUUCGCGUAUGACACCCAACCAGGCGCUCCUCUCCAUUCAUGCCGACUAUAUCGGUGGCCACAACGCUAAUUACCGACGGUGGUAUUUUGCUGCUCAUCUCGAUCUCGAUGAUGCAGUAGGUUUCGCCAACGUGAAGCUCGGUAAGGGCGAUCGCAAGACGCGGAAGGCCCGCAGGGCCGCAGCCAAGGCCGCCAAACAGAACCCCGAGAACGAAGAGGAAACACUGGAGGCUUUGGAGGGAGACAACAGCUUGGAGGCAGCUGAAUACCGAUGGAAAUCUCGCAUGAACCGCAUGUCCCAGCACGACCGUGCCCGUCAAAUUGCCUUGUAUCUCUUAAUCUGGGGUGAGGCCAACCAGGUCCGAUUCCUGCCCGAAUGCGUUUGUUUCAUCUUCAAGUGUGCCGACGAUUACUACACCUCACCGGAAUGUCAGGCUCGCGUUGAGCCGGUGGAGGAAUUCACCUACCUCAAUGAGAUCAUCACUCCGCUGUACCAGUACUGUCGGGAUCAGGGAUACGAAAUCGUGGAUGGCAAAUACGUUCGUCGUGAGGUUGACCACAACAAGAUCAUUGGUUAUGAUGACAUGAACCAGCUCUUCUGGUACCCAGAAGGUAUUGAGCGCAUCGGGUUCGAAGAUAAAACCCGUCUGGUCGACCUUCCCAUCUCUCAGAGAUGGCCCAAAUUGAAGGAUGUAGUCUGGAAGAAGGCCUUCUUCAAGACGUACAAGGAAACUCGCUCCUGGUUUCACAUGAUCACGAACUUCAACCGUAUCUGGGUUAUCCACCUGGGUGCUUUCUGGUUCUUUACUGCUUACAACGCUCCGACUCUAUACACCAUUAAUUACCAGCAGCAGGUUGAUAAUAAACCAGAGACGCCGAAAUACCUCGCCGCUGUCGGUUUCGGUGGCGCGCUUGUCUCCCUCAUUCAGAUUUUAGCCACCAUUUUUGAAUGGGCCUACGUUCCCCGUCGGUGGGCGGGAGCACAGCAUCUCCGCAAGCGCUUCAUGUUCCUUGUAUUCGUAUUCAUAAUCAACUUGGCUCCCGGAAUUGUGAUAUUCAGCAUCUUGCCGGGGUUGACAAUGUCAGACUCAACCAAACAUGGCAUCGGUCUCGCUCUGGGGAUUGUGCACUUUGUACUUGCAAUCCUGACUACUGCGUUCUUUGCAAUUCAGCCUCUGGGCGCGCUCUUUGGAAGCUACCUGAAUAAAGGUGGACGGCAAUAUGUGGCCAGUCAGACCUUCACGGCUAGUUUCUCUCGUCUUUCCGGUAACGAUAUGUGGAUGUCGUAUGGCCUAUGGGUCUGUGUGUUUGGUGCCAAGUUGUCAGAAUCCUACUUCUUCUUGACGCUGUCUUUCAAGGAUCCCAUCCGCAUUCUAUCCCCAAUGCAGAUCCAUCAGUGUACAGGUGCGAAAUACAUUGGCAACACGCUUUGCCACCGACAACCUCAGAUCCUGCUGGGCUUGAUGGCCUUCAUGGACUUGACGCUCUUCUUCCUGGAUAGUUACCUCUGGUACAUUAUUUGCAACGCAAUCUUCUCUGUUGCUCGAUCAUUCUACUUGGGUGUCUCGAUUUGGUCGCCAUGGAGGAACAUCUUCUCCCGACUUCCGAAGCGAAUCUACUCCAAGGUUCUCGCCACUACUGAUAUGGAGAUCAAGUACAAGCCUAAGGUCCUGAUCUCGCAGGUUUGGAACGCCAUCAUCAUCUCCAUGUACCGUGAGCAUCUCCUGGCAAUCGACCACGUGCAGAAGCUGUUGUACCACCAGGUUCCCUCCGAGCAGGAAGGCAAGCGCACGCUUCGCGCCCCUACGUUCUUUGUGUCACAAGAAGAUCAAUCUUUCAAGACCGAGUUCUUUCCCCAGGGAAGUGAGGCUGAGCGCCGCAUCUCGUUCUUCGCGCAAUCGCUCUCUACACCCAUGCCCGAGCCUCUCCCUGUUGAUAACAUGCCUACCUUCACUGUUUUGAUCCCUCACUACAGUGAGAAAAUUCUACUUUCGCUUCGUGAGAUUAUCCGCGAAGAUGAGCCUUAUUCGCGGGUUACUUUGCUAGAAUACUUAAAGCAACUUCAUCCCCACGAGUGGGAUUGCUUCGUCAAGGACACCAAGAUUCUGGCCGACGAGACUUCGCAAUUCAAUGGUGAUUAUGAAAAGCCCGAGAAAGACGCUGCCAAGAGCAAGGUCGAUGAUCUUCCUUUCUACUGCAUUGGUUUCAAGUCUGCCGCUCCCGAGUACACUCUCCGCACAAGAAUCUGGUCCUCCCUUCGAUCCCAGACCUUGUACAGGACGAUCUCCGGUUUCAUGAACUACAGCCGUGCUAUCAAGCUGCUCUACCGCGUGGAGAAUCCCGAAGUUGUUCAGAUGUUCGGUGGCAACUCCGAGAAGCUUGAGCGUGAACUUGAGCGAAUGGCUCGCCGCAAGUUCCGUAUCUGUGUUUCCAUGCAGCGCUAUGCCAAAUUCAGCAAGGACGAACGUGAGAACACCGAAUUUUUGCUCCGCGCCUACCCUGACUUGCAGAUUGCCUACCUGGAUGAGGAGCCACCUGUCAAUGAAGGUGACGAACCCCGUCUGUACUCCGCCUUGAUCGACGGUCACUGUGAACUACUCGAGAAUAACUUGCGGAAGCCAAAGUUCAGAGUUCAGCUCUCUGGAAACCCAAUUCUCGGAGAUGGCAAGUCUGACAAUCAGAACCAUUCCAUUAUCUUCUACCGUGGUGAAUACAUCCAGCUCGUUGACGCCAAUCAAGACAACUACCUUGAAGAAUGUUUGAAGAUUCGCAGUGUGCUUGCCGAGUUCGAGGAAUUGAGCACAGACAAUGUUUCCCCAUACGCCCCUGGAGCUGCCCUGCCUGACCAGGAUCCCGUUGCCAUCUUGGGAGCCCGUGAAUACAUUUUCUCUGAGAGUGUCGGUGUCCUGGGUGAUGUCGCUGCCUCCAAGGAACAAACAUUCGGUACCCUAUUCGCCCGCACACUUGCUCAAAUCGGUGGCAAGCUGCACUAUGGUCACCCUGAUUUUUUGAACGCUACUUUCAUGUGCACCCGUGGUGGUGUUUCCAAAGCUCAGAAAGGAUUGCAUUUGAACGAGGAUAUCUACAUCGGUAUGAAUGCCCUCCUCCGUGGAGGUCGAAUCAAGCAUUGUGAAUACUAUCAGUGCGGUAAGGGUCGUGAUCUCGGUUUCGGAUCCAUUCUUAACUUCACCACGAAGAUUGGUACCGGUAUGGGUGAACAGAUGCUGUCCCGAGAGUACUAUUACCUCGGUACCCAACUGCCUCUCGAUCGCUUCCUCUCUUUCUACUAUGCUCACCCUGGUUUCCAUCUGAACAAUAUGUUCAUCAUGGUUUCUGUGCAAAUGUUCAUGGUUGUCCUGAUUAACCUCGGUGCCUUGAAGCAUGAGACUAUUACCUGCCGCUACAACCCCGACUUGCCCAUUACCGAUCCCCUCGUCCCUACGCUCUGCGUCAACCUGAUCCCUAUUAUCAACUGGGUUAACCGCUGUGUCAUCUCCAUCUUCAUUGUUUUUUGGAUCUCAUUCGUUCCACUAGCGGUCCAAGAAUUGACAGAGAGAGGAGUGUGGCGUAUGGCCACUCGUUUGGCCAAGCACUUUGGUUCGUUCUCGUUCAUGUUUGAGGUCUUCGUUUGUCAGAUAUACUCCAAUGCCGUCCACCAGAACUUGUCUUUCGGAGGCGCGCGAUACAUUGGUACCGGCCGUGGUUUCGCAACAGCUCGUAUUCCAUUCGGUGUCCUCUACUCUCGAUUUGCUAGCCCUUCAAUCUACUUGGGUGCUCGCCUCCUGCUGAUGCUAUUGUUCAGUACCACUACUGUCUGGACUCCUGCUCUGAUCUGGUUCUGGGUUUCUCUGCUCGCACUAUCCAUCUCGCCUUUCCUAUUCAACCCCCACCAAUUUUCCUGGAAUGACUUCUUCAUUGAUUACCGUGACUACAUCCGCUGGCUUUCUCGUGGCAACUCCCGAUCCCAUGCUUCCUCUUGGAUUGGUUUCUGUCGCCUUUCUCGUACCCGGACUACUGGUUACAAGCGAAAACUUAUUGGUGUUCCAUCGGAGAAAGGCUGCGGUGAUAUUCCAAAAGCGCGUCUAAGUAACAUCUUUUUCAGCGAAAUCGUUGGGCCUCUGAUCGGUGUUGCCGUUACCCUGAUUCCGUAUCUGUACAUCAACUCCCGCACAAUGUACUCCGAUGAUAACAAAUGGGCUGCGAAUCCCAUCCUUCGCGUUGCGAUUGUGGGUCUUGCCCCUGUGGGUGUCAAUGCCGGUGUUGCCGGCAUGUUCUUCGGCCUGGCUUGUUGUAUGGGCCCGGUAUUUGGUAUGUGCUGCAAGAAGUUCGGCGCUGUUCUCGCUGCCAUCGCCCAUGCCAUUGCUGUGAUUGUUUUCCUCCUUCUAUUCCUGGCCAUGUUCUUCCUUGAAUCUCUCAGCUGGGCUAGAACUAUCUCCGGAAUGAUCGCUGCGAUGACUCUUCAGCGCUUCAUCUACAAGCUUAUCAUUUCCUUAGCCCUGACGCGUGAAUUCAAGAACGACCAGUCUAACAUUGCCUGGUGGACCGGAAAAUGGUACAAUAUGGGUUGGCACUCCUUCUCUCAGCCUGGACGUGAAUUCCUGUGCAAGAUCACUGAACUUGGUUAUUUCGCCACUGAUUUCUUCCUGGGCCACAUUCUCCUGUUUGCUAUGCUUCCGCUCCUUGCUAUUCCCUACAUUGACACCUUCCAUUCCGUCCUCCUGUUCUGGUUGCGACCAAGCUCUCAAAUCCGCCCUCCCAUCUAUUCCCUCAAGCAGUCCAAGCUUCGUAAGAGACGUGUUGUCCGCUUUGCCAUUCUCUACUUUACCUUGCUACUUAUCUUUGUCGUCAUUAUUGCUGCUCCCGUUGUCCUGCGGAACACAAAUCAACUGGACAGCAUCCUGGAGGGUGGCAUCUGGAAGAGCCUCGGUGUCGCCAGCACAACAGGAAUCGGACUCCUGCAGCCACUUGAUCGUGGACUUAAUGACACUGUCUCCUGGUAUACCGGCUCUAACAUCCCCAAAGGCUACACCUCAGGCACAAUCCCGGCAGCCUUUGAGGGCACUGGAGUUUGGUCCAUCUAA